AUGCAGGAUCCGAGAGCUCAGCCCCUCACAAUGGCCGGAGUGAGUACGCUAGCCCUCUUGGCAGGCACCCUCAGGACCCUCCAGCGGCACGCGUGCGACGGCACCGCCCUCACGCUGCAGUGCCCCGUCAACACCACCAUCGACGUGCUCUACGCCAAGUACGGGCGGCCGCGGCAGGAGGCCGAGCAGCUCGACCUGUGCCCGCCGCUGCCGCACCACGCGCGCCCCGCGCCCAAGCGCCACUGCGAGUACUCGUCCACCGUCGACAUUUACUUCAGCGAAAGGUACUCAGGGCAGGCGACCCUCGAGGUGAAGGUACUUAACACAACCUCAUUAGAAGAGGAAUGUUUAGCCAUUAACAAAGCAAACAAGGCGGAGGGCCGUUGUCGCCGGGACUUUGGGAGCCGCGCUGACCCUCUGUGGAAUAGGUACAACACCCUGCAGCGCGUGGUGGGCGAGUGCCACCACAAGAACCAGUGCCGGAUCCAGGUGUCCCCCGAGACCUUCAGCGACCACGACCCUUGCCCCGAGAUCCGAAAGUACAUCGAGGUCGCCUACAAGUGCCGCCCGGAGAGAUUUAUCAACAAGAUCGUGUGCGAGGGAGGCGAACUCACCCUGAAGUGCGGCAAGAACUCCCGGCUGGCGAUCUACAGCGUGCUGUUCGGCCGAAGCAAAGAGGGCUCCUACAUGUGCCCCCAGCCGGCGGGCGUCCCGGAGGAAGACUGCCAGGCGAGCUUCGCGACGGAGAUGGUGAUGUCUCAGUGCCACGGCAAGAGGCAGUGCGAGCUCCACGCCAACUCCAGCAUGUACGGGAAGCCCUGUUCGCCCGAAUCGAGGAUGUACAUGAAGACGGUGUACACUUGUGUACCGCGGAAGAUACUGAAGGAGCCGUACCAGGGGGAGCUGGAGCCCGACGAGCAGCCCGAGGAGAUCCCGGAGGAGAGCAGCAUGAUGUCCCCGCCCGCCAUGCCCCCCGUGCGGCGGCCGGACCCCCCGCCGCCGCAGUCCUCGACCUCCUACCCGCACGAAACGAAAACGACGACCGUCUUCUACAACCCCACCGUCACGACCAAGCUUCCUGAGAAGAAGGGAGACAACGGCGUGAGAGACUACCCCCAGGACGGCGUCCCUCGGAGCCAGCCGGACCUCAUCAACUGCACCGUGACCAUCCUCUCCGGCUCCAAGAACCGGGAGAUCGGCUUCCUCACGGAGUGGAUGAGGGCGGUCGCCUUUAUCAAAAAAAAUUUCGAGAAAUUCAUUUUGUACUUGAUGGUUGGACUGUGUGUGGGUCUGCUGCUCUUCCUGUUCGUGGUCGUGGGUCGUCUGCUCCUGGAGAGACAUCUGGCCAAGCGAGAGGCCAAGAAUGUCAACGACCCGCUCACCUCUGUUUUCGCAACAGACAUCGACGACAUCGACGGCGACCUGGACCGGUCGGCGCCCCACGGCUCGUACCUGUGCUUCUCGCCGUCGGCCCAGGAGCCGCAGCACGACGUCGUCCGCUACACCACCAUCAGAUCGGGCAUCAGACAGCAGGACAGCGACACCAAUCCACGGAGCUUAAGCAGAACAAAUAACAACCAGUUAUUUUAUAGUUAGUUGUCAGUAGACGGCUUUUUGUAGCUUUACAUUCUGUACAGUAUAGUAAUUCUUAAAGUUAUUUAUACAACACUGAUGUAUAGAUAAUUGUACAUAUUGCUAAAAUAUUGCUUUUCACAAGUUAUGUUGUCUUUUUUUCUUUGCUCAGUGUGUUUGUGUGUACUUAAUCCAAGCAAAUUGUUCUGACAAUAUAAUAAAACCAAAAUGUGUAUCGUGCUAGUUCUGUGACUAUGUAAAUACGAAGAGCAUAGAGGAACAUUUGGGCAACAGGAAGAGACGGGCUUCAGGUAGACUGUGUGUGAAGGUCGGAGAGCUCACGAGACGGAAAAUGUGCUCUGUGUUGGCCAAGCUCGAUGGAAGCUCGGAAAUAACGUACUAGCCAAACAACAGUGUUGAAUUGUGGUGAUAAUUGAUGUGACGUUUGGAAAAAAAUAGUUUUGUAAAUGAGAUACGAAAAUGAUGUUCAGAAACACCAUACUCUUUGCCUGUAUAUUUUCUAUCAUGAUUAGGAAUUUUAAGUUUGAAAAAACAGUUCAUAAGGUACUGAAUUUUGAUAUGAUUUGCCUAGAAAUGUGUUUUUAAAAAUAUGUGACUGCAUCUUACUGUCAUAAAAAUCCUGAUGUGUUCCGUAAUCCUUUUUGUAUGUUGCAAAGAGCAUUCUGUUCAGUUGACUCGCUCGAUGCACAGGAAACAGUGUCUGGGUGGUACUGGAAGGCUGACGAAGGAUAAAGCCAGUGAUCGAAGGUCCUCCUGAAGUAUUUUUUCUUUAUUUGUGUCAUACUGCAGGGAUACUUUUGCCAACAAAUGCCCAAGCCACGGGGUGGAAAAAGUGGAGGUUCGUCUUCAAUUCGGUUUUCCUGGAGUCGUUUGAAUGUGUCUGGAGAAAGAAGGUGGAGUGAUUUGUUUUGUUAAUUUGUAAAUGCCAUAUUCCACACGCGCAUAUAUAUGAAACACACACACACACACACACACACACACACACACACACACACACACACACACACACACACACACACACACACACACACACACACACACACACACACACACACACACACACACACACCAUGAGGACAAAAAGAAAACAGUGAUUCCCGAAUGCAAAAAUACAAAUCAUGUUCAGUGAAAAAAUAAAAUUGCAGUCAGGAACAUUUACAGUACAAGUGCACAAACAUCCAUCCACAGUCAAACACUAUAUGAUGCAUGUUUCCGCAUCAUGUACUGUACAUUCGCAAACAUGUACCAUUUGUGACUCAAUCCUGUUUUGUUUGAAAUGGAACAUCAUGCGCUAGAAUCACAGAGCAUUACACAGGAACACUGAUGGUAGUUAGAUUUCUGGUGAUGGAUUAAAAGGACAAGUGAUCUCGCGGGUGAGAGAGAGAGAGAGGAUGAGAGAGAGAGAGAGAGAGAGAGAGAGAGAGAGAGAGAGAGAGAGAGAGAGAGAGAGAGAGAGAGAGAGAGAGAGAGAGAGAGAGAGAGAGAGAGAGAGAGAGAGAGAGAGAGAGGUAACCGAUCAGCUUUCUGGCCGUUGAGUCGAACACAGUGGAAAAGCUUUUUUUCUGUUCCCGAGGCGCGCAUUGCCUUGCUCUGGCUGUAUAACUCAGGACUGGUGUGUAUUAAGUGCAACAACUACUUGCAGCUCAGCAGGCAAAUGUUUAGGUUUAAAAGACGUGCUAUUAUAUAUAUCUGUCUUGAAGUUUGCCUCUCAGAAUCUAUAUUUUUGUGUUUGUUCAUACGUGAAGGCAUGUGAGAACCAUUUGCCGUUUAUGAUUUGAACUGUAGUUUGUACAGUGCUUUUUUUAGUCCAAAUAUGUAAUGUAAGAAUUCUUAAAUUUUGGUGAUUUGUUUGUGAAAUUUUGCCUUUUUGAUAAUAGUGACUCAAACACACAGCAUUUUAAAUGAUAAAUUGUAAGGCUAACAUACAUAGUGAAGAAAAAGUUUAAGAUUUAUUUUUCAUAUCUUUGAUCAGAAAUAUGAAAUGUGUUAAAUAGAUAAUACUUUUCACAUAAGUAUUAAUUUAAGGGCUUUUUAUAUACAAAGUGAAAUGUUGGCUUUCAAACAUUUUCACAGAUAUUGUUUGAGGCAAAUAUAAAAAUUUGAGAUCUGACUGUAUAGUAUUAAUAUUGAUUAAGUAUUUGAAUGUCCAUUUACUAUCAUUUCUGUGAAAAGGUGAAUUAGAAUCGAAAUGUACAAUAUUUUUGCCAAAGCCAAAUGUAUAGAGAAUAUUUGUUCUUUGUCAAUAAUCAAAUAUUGAUUUUAAAAGAACUCUAAGACAUUUUUAGAAUUAACAAGAAAACUUCAGGUUGUAUGUAAUCUCUGUGUGUGUUUUUUUUUUAGAUUUUUUCUCUCCCAUUUCAUUGCACCAAAUCUUUAUGGUUAUCAUCAAAAGUUUGUAUAGAAUAUUUUGGACACAGUUUUAAAGAAAAAAAAGUUAAACAGCCUAUUUGUCAGUCAGUUCAUGAUUUUCUGGUCUUCAUAUUUAUCUCUCUGUUUCUCUUUCCUGCAGUUAUUUUCUCAUUCCUCCACAUUUUAAUCUUUUAUAUUUGCUUACGAUUUCUCUGGCCACAUACCUUUGAAAACAAAACCACAAGUCUGCUUUCUAAAAACAACAACAACCUUAUUCCUUUUUGUAUUUUUUUGUUACAAGUGUAUAAAGAAGGCGCAGAAAAUCCUCCCAUUUCUUAUAGAUGUUCCUCUCUAUGUUAAACGCGUAGCCAACCUGAAGAAAUGUAAGUAUGUCAAAACAUUCUAGUCUAGGACAUUUACCCCUCCCCCCCUUUGUUCACGUGUACAAAUGUAAAUAUAUUUUAUAUUACAUUUAAUUUCAGGCUUCUACCACUGACAUGUAUGUAGCAAAGGGAGCAUGCAUUUGUUACAUCUCUCAGUACUCAAUACUCAUAUCGUUCACAUAUCCUGACCGAGGAGACAGAAAAGUAUGGAACAGGUUGACAUAUUGCGAGUGAAGAAUGUGAUCAGCUGAUAUGCUAGACUUGGUUAAUGAUUUUCAUUAUACUUUUUUAUUAUUAUUAUUGUUUAUUUGACGGAUUAUUCGAUUAGAGAAGAGAUUUGAUGUAGAAUAAAGGAUUGGGUUAUGAUUAUGAUAAUCAUUUGGUGUAUAAGCUUAUUAACUUUUUUCAUAUAUUUUCAUGUCGGUCUAAAUGAACCAAAAUUUGUAUGCAUAUGUUCUUAUACAAUAUGAUAACAAAGUUUAAAGCAUUUAUAUUCGUAUGUGUAUGUGUAUGUUCAUACUUAUGUCAUUUUACAAUUAUAUUUGUUAUGGAUGGUGUGUGUGUGUGUGUGUGUGUGUGUGUGUGUGUGUGUGUGUGUGUGUGUGUGUGUGUGUGUGUGUGUGUGUGUGUGUGUGUGUGUAUGUGUGUGUG